AAGUGUGGCUUUGAUAGCGAUAAAUUACAAAAAUUGUUAACAGUAUAGGUGGACAAACAAAUAUAAGGUUUCAACACAAGAUGCUAGAAAACGGAGCCACCAAACAAAACUUUCCGGGUUCGCCAGACAAUUUCGUUAAAAACGGCAACCCCAACCCCAAUGCAAACUACCCCCCACAGUUCAUUGCUUCGCCGCAGUCCGAAUUUAUCAAUUUUUCUAAUUCACCCCCUCCUCCUGUCCAAGAAAUACAAGCCGCAUCGCAUGAAACGAGCUUAUACAAAGGGGUUCACCCCAUCGCUGCCCUCUUCCAUGUCUUAUUUAAAGGGGCGGCAUUUAUAUGUUUUCUAUUUGGUCAUUUCCUCACUUCUAGCUAUGUCAUUUCGAUUGUUUUGACGAUUGUCUUUUGCUCAGCGGACUUUUGGAUUACCAAGAAUAUUACGGGUCGCCUACUCGUUUCGUUACGUUGGUGGAGUGAGACGCUAGAGGACGGAUCGACGCAUUGGGUAUUUGAAUCCGCCCCCAAUGCGGCUGAGCGUGUGAGUUCCUACGAUAAUUGGUUUUUCUGGAUCACCCUUGGGGUGAACAGCGGGCUAUGGCUGGUGUUAACCAUUCUUAAUUUGCUGUCGCUCUCUUUGCUGCCGGUGGCGCUGUUGGGCUUCCUUCUAGCCAGCGCGAACUUGUUUGGGUACGUGAAGUGCCGCCGAGACGCAAAGGGUCGCGUAACCGAUUUUAUUAUAUCGCAAACCGUGAGUAGGUAAACGCUUAUGUUUAUAGCAAUUUCGGAAGUAGUUUAGUUGCUGCUAGAGGAGGUAAAUGGUGCGACCCAGACAUGUAGUGUACGUAUCAAUAGGUAGCUACUUGUACUUCCAGUUUUCCUAUAAUGACAAAGAAAAGUGUGGAAAAUUUGUUUUUAAAGAAUUCUUCUUUUUUUUAGGAUAUUUGUCUGAUCGAAAUGGUUUAUAUUCCCGGACGGGAGAAUCAAGUGUUGCUCAGUAAGAAAAUUUACAGAUUAAAGAAAUGAAUUUUAUUUUUGAUAGUGUUUAUAGA